ACAGCUUGGUCGGUUUUGGGAUUUCUAAUCGUAUGAAAAGUGCUGAGGUCAAGAAAUUUGAGCACCUUCCUUCCCAGUCGGAAGGGAAAGCCUUCUGAAACACGUUCUUUUAUAGUGAUGUUCACCAAAAACAUCUUCCACUUCGAUGAACUUUCCCAUUAAAUUUACACUGGCGUGUGACAAAAAAGAAGCUUUCUUUUAAAUACAUUUUGGAAUGCAUCUGUAAAAGUUAGCCAUGAGUAAUGCGUUCUAGAACGAUUUUCUUUUGGAAUACGAACUACCGACUGUAAUACUUUCCGACGAAUACGGGUUUAUAAAUGUCAACAAUCAAAUUACUAAGCUAAAUAAACUGUAUUAUAAACGAACUUUCAAAGCGAAUCAAAGCAUCAAAAUGGACACACCUAGGCUCUCACUGAAGCGACACUGUACGGAUCUAGAAGGCGAUGAUCCAGAGAUCAAAAAAUUUCAUGGGAAUCCGGAAUCGAAUCGCUCUGUUUCAUUUCAGAGGAACCAGAAGUUAGACUGUUUAUACAUGGAGUCGGGAUUUGAUGAGGAGGAAUCCUCGCUGAAGGAUCGUGCUUCGUUAGUCUAUCUCGAAUUGGGAAAUCGUGUGGCCACUGUUCGGAACGAGCCACUGGAUAAUAUUUCCCUGGAAGAUGAUGCAGAAUUAAAGACAAAUGUGCAGAAGUUGCUGGGUCUGAUAGCGACACGUCGCAGGCUGUACAACCCCGAGGAGUACUGCGCGCCGGAACUGGAGGAGCUGACUUCAACGGACACUUAUCCACUGAAUAAUUCCACUUUCUCGCCCGCACAGCCAGUCAUUCUCUCCUCGACCUGGUCAAGUCUGAAUCUAGCGAACCCCCAUCCGCCGACUCUGGAGGAGCGUCGGGCGAAGGAGCGCAACGACAUCCUGCUGAAGACCGAUGCCAAAAUAACAGAGAUGGAGACGCCGAACUUCCUUAAAGAGCUCGACCUGAGCGAGUUGCCCAGCAGGGAGCAGGUGGCCGCCAAUUGUAGCCGGCACAAGAGCAGCAUCGCCUGCCGGGAACGGCACCCGCACUUCUACAGAUUUGUCGAGUCGCUCCACCCCUCGACCCCGGUCAACAUGUAUCCUCUGCUUGCGCUAGCCUACCGGGAGACGAGUUUCAAAAGCUGCAAGGAGGAACUGGCCAAAACUUUGUUCAACAUCUUCAACCACGCCAUCUUCCACUGCGGCCUCCAUGCGCCUAUCGUUUGGAAGAGCUCCUUGCGCACAUCCUGUGAACGAGUCAACAUCGAUGCCUCUGGACAGCGGUCCGCCUACAUCCUGCUGUGGAAGAAGAUAAGUCAGCCGGAGAUGCUCCUUAAGAUGCUCCUGCACGAAAUGUGCCAUGCCGCGGCCUUUGUCUUUAACCGGGAGACGGGACACGGCGACCAUUGCCGCAGAUGGGCCUUCCAGGCGAAAAGGGCACUGCCUGAGCUGCCCACGAUCCAUGAUUGUGACCCCAAUUUCAAGUAUACAUGUACUAUGUGCGCCCGGUGGUCCUAUGGGCGGUUUGAUUUUGGGAAGACUGCGAUUCGCUGCCACUACUGCCAGUUUGAAGUGAUCACGAAACCAUUUCAAAAAGCGGAUAAGCACACGGGAACCCGACCAGAUCGUGCGAUAACUCCAUUUAAGGCCUUUAUACGGGACAAUUACUUGAAGCUGGACGGGAUGGAAUAUAUUACGCAUAGCGCAAAAAUGAGACUCCUGAACGAAGAGUUCUUAAAAACAAGAGUUCCUGGUUAA